AUGAAAAUGAAUUUGACAUUUGUUUGUGGAUAUAUUUUUGAAGUUUUUAGUUUAAACAUCGAUUUGAUUGAUGUUAAAAUUCGUUCGUUAGGUACUCUGAAGUUAUUUUAUAGUCGCGUUAGUUCAUAGUUCUGGUUAGGUAUAGCGUCGAUAUUUGUUAUUACUAUAUUCGCAUUAUACACGAUUAAACAAUAAACCGUUAAACCACGUUCUUAUCAAACUCCCAGAUGUUGAACUAUGGUUUCCGAAAAUUGCGAGUACAGGAUUUGAGCUUGCGGAGUAGGACAGCUUAGCUAUAGGUUCAUCAAGUGUGUGGGCCGGGGUGAGAGGGACAUGUCUAACGUGGAGAAUGUGUGCCCGCAAGUGCUGCGCGGAGUGGCGCGUGAGCUGCGGCGGCUCGCAGCCAGUCCACCCGCGGGCAUCAAGCUCGUGUUGCGCGACGACGACCUCACCGACGUAGUGGCUCAUAUGGAGGGUCCCGCGGGCACGCCUUACGCGGGUGGCACAUUCCGCGUGCGCCUGGUACUGGGGCGCGAGUUCCCGGCCGCGCCCCCGCGCGCCUACUUCCUCACCAAGCUCUUCCACCCCAACGUGGCGCCCGACUCGGGCGAGGUCUGCGUCAACACACUAAAGCGCGACUGGCGCCCCGAGCUAGGGCUGGAGCACGCGCUGCUGGCCGUCAAGUGUCUGCUCAUCGCGCCCAACGCGGAGUCCGCGCUCAACGCCGAGGCGGCCGCGCUAUUGCGGGACCGCUACGACGACUACUUCGCGCGCGCCAAGCUGCUCACAGACAUUCACGCGCGCGCUCCGCAGUCCGCGCCGCCGCGUCGUCGGGAGGGCGGCGACGCGGCGGACGGCAGCGCGGCGAGCGGCGUGGCUGCGGACGGAGACAGCGGGCCGCAGGCCAAGCGCGAGCGACGCGCGGGCGCGGGGGCGGGCGCGGGCGCGGGCGCGGGGGGCGCGGGCAAGGCGGCGCGCCGAGUACUGAAGCGGUUAUGAGGCAGCUCAGCGCACGGCCGCGCCGCGCGCCUCACCACCUCGCUGCCUCGUGUCCGCUGACUGGCUCGGACUACUCGCUGACUGGCACGGACUCGCCGCUGACUAUCUCAGACUGGUCGCUGACUGGCUCGGACUGGCCGCAGACGGGCCGCUAAACUGUUAUGGAAUUCGUUAGUCUUCGACGCGAUUUCAUUUGACAAAAUUCGUAUUUCGUUUUAUUAUAAUAUCAAAAAUUAUUUGGACUACAGUAAGACUUGCAAAAUAAAUUUUGUUCAUAAUAGAUCAAUAUUACGGCCCGUUUUUAUAAUAAGUAGUUAUAGUUGUAAUUAUGGUAUUCCUAUUGCUUUAGACUUUAAUUAAUAUAAUAGUGACAAAAUAUGAUUUGGUUUUUUUAAUAAU